AUGUUGAGCAGUCGUUGGGCUGAUCCUCGCCCUAAAGCUACCAACGGCCAAUCAUGGAUGACAUCUGGAAUUGUCUGCGCUAGAGACUUCGUUGGUGGCCAUGAUCUCUUCCCACCAAUGCCGAAUGAUUCAGGAAUUGAACCACCUCUUCCAAAUCGGCAAGUGACGCAGUCUGGACCACCCAUGCAAGAAUCGAAUGCCCUUCUUAUGAUCUUCAAAGAGCAAUUCCAACCUCGCUUCCCUUUUAUCGCUGUCCAAAACGACAUAUCUGCGGAUCUGCUUCGGAGUAAGAAACCCUGGAUUUACAAAGCUGUGAUGAUGAUUGCUUCUCAAAACGAUCGGCACCGUCAGAUCGAGACCAGUAAACAGUUCCUGAUGGAGAUCUCGGCGGCUAUGCUCAUACGAGGCGACAAAAGUCUGGAUAUGCUACAGGGCUUGAUUCUGUACAAUGCUUGGUCUUACUACUAUUGUCCAGUAAUUCCUUCGUGGCAGUCAACGGGAAUUCAUCAACUUGCUCUAGCAUUGCUCUUCGACUUAGGGCUAACCAGACCAUUGCGUGACAAUGAUGGACCGAUAUCUGUUUUAGAAACGGCAAGAUCAAGAUCGCAGAAAGACGAGCAGGAGCGGACACACGACGAGCGUAGAGCCCUUCUCUGCUGUUACUUCCUAACAUCUGUGUCCGCCUACUGUCUCAAGAAACUGGAAGGAAUACGGUACUCAGCUUAUAUCGAGCACUGCUGUGAUGUACUACUGUCAGCACCAGAAGAUGACUCGGAUAUUCUGCUCGCUUCUCUAUGCAAGCUGCAAAACAUCGUAGACCCGGUCUACCAGAGCUUUGCAGAUAAAACAAAGUCUGACGGCACAAGGGCUCCAGUAUGGAUGCUAGUAAAGAUGGUAAGAGCGGAAAUGGACAAUCUGUGGAACUCGCUCCCACCAAGAAUUCAACAGGAUCCGAUGAUGCUCAUGAGCUUCAAUAGUGACGAGGUCUUCACAUACGAGCCAGCAAUAUACAAACCAUUCUUCCAAGGCAGUACAGUGGGGAGCGUCAACUCACAGCGCAUCGACAUGCUCUACGGAUGUCUAGUCUCUAGUCAAAAGCUACUCAACGGCUACAUCAACCAGCCAAUAUCCGCCUACCAAGCCUUUUCCGUGAUCGACCUAUCCCACAUGGGCCGUGGACUCUCAACACUUCUCAAACUCUCUUUGAUCGAAGAAGCAGGUUGGGAUCUGGCACAUGUUCGACAGACCCUAAAUGUCUCGUACUACUUCAACGAGCUUGGCUCGAGGUUUGAACAGAUUGGCGAGGUUGUCGAUCGGAUGCAGAAGAGGCCUGUCAAAGAUCGAGCGAGCUCAUUUGCAACGGGCUGUUCUAGGGCGAUGAGAAUGGUACAACAGUGGUAUGAAGCCAAGGUUGCGGCUGAUGCUGCUCAAAGCGGCCAGCAUGCUGUACCAGAGCCGGCGGUAUCUCUGGCGGGAAUGGACGACAUAAUGCUAGAUGAUUUUGACUUCAUGAACGAUGCAAACUGUAAGGUUGGAUUUGAUGGGGGACUGUAA